GACACACUUGCCAAUUGUGGGGUGUCGAACGUGGUAAACAACGUUGUAAAAAACGUUGGAAGCAUCAUGUGGGACCCGCAUUACAUUCACCCGUGUGCAAAGAUGUAAAGGGCAAAAAUAUAAAGCAUCUUUUAAUGGUACAAUCAUCUAUACAAGUGGAAUACCGAACUGAGUGGUUUACAAUUGAGAAAAGUGCCAGAAAAAAAACGAUAUCCGUUAAUGCCAUGUUAAGACGAACACAGCUCCGAUCAAAAAAGGAACGCAGAAUUGUCAGAUUGACAGCACCUGACGGAAAAUCCAUGAUACAAAAAUAAUAGAUAGUGAAAACAAUUGUAUAUUUUUCAAAAGAAUGCAAAUAUCUCUUGGAGAACAGAGAUUUAUGAUGUUUGGAUAAGACCGACUAUAUAAGCAAAUUACAUUAGUGAAAAUAACAAAGCGGCGACUAAACAAACGAUUUAAAAAAAGCAGAAAAUGAUCAAAGCAGGUUUUGUGAUAUUGUUAACAUUAUUUGUGAAUUAUGCAGAGCCAGCAGAAAUUUUGGGCGUUUUUCCUAGCCCUAGACCAGAAAACUUCAAGUUGGGGUCUCGAUUAAUGAAAGAAUUGGCUAGAAAGGGGCAUAAAAUAACUGUUGUUAGUCACUUCCCCCAAAAUAAUACAAUCAAGAAUUAUGUUGAUUUUCCUUUGGAAUAUUUUCAGUAUCUGAUCAAGGAUUUCCAGGAACCACUCAAUGAGCAAGAAAAAUCAUUCAUUUUCAAUCUGAUCCAUCAGUACGACACUGGUUUAUUUUUCUCUGAAAUUAUGUUGAAUGACAACAACUUUCAAGUGUUACUUCAGUCCAAUAAACACUUUGACCUGAUUAUACUAGAAUACUCAAUAAAUGAUGCUCUGAUUGGACUGGGGCAAAAAUUCAAUGCACCUGUUGUGUUGUUAUCGCCACGACCUUCUAGUGCAGCAGAAAAUCACAUUUUUGCAAAUCCUGCACCUGCAGCAUUUAUCCCAAACGUCUUCAGUGGAUAUACAGGUUUUAUGAACUUCUGGCAAAGAGUAAGAAACUUAUUCUUGAACUCCUAUGUUAACUUAUACAGACGAACGUUUGAUCAACCGUUUCAAAGGGCAGUGCUAAACCAAUGGAUUAGUGGAAUAGAAUUGGACGAUGCCAUGAAAAAUGUUAGCUUGAUUUUGCUCAACUCAUUGCCUGGUAUCACAGAACCUGUCCCCCACAUGCCAAACAUGAUUGAGAUAGGAGGCCUGCACGUAGAAGAGGAUGCAGAUGUACCAAGGGACAUUGUAAAGUUUCUUGACGAAGCUAACGAGGGUGUUAUUUUACAUACUGGAUACGCAAACAGAGAUGAAGCCGAAAUAUAUGUGAAGACUUUUGCUAGAUUGACGAUGAAGGUGCUGUGGAAAACUGAUUUCACCUAUAAUGAUUUAGAAGAUAUAACGUGCAGUGGGUGUUCAGUGCCAGACAAUGUGAAACUUGUAAGCUCCCUUCCACAAGAAAACGUUUUAGCUCACAAAAACGUGAAAGCAUUCAUAACAAAUGGAAACUUAUUUGACCUAAUCGAUGCUGCAUACUUUGGAGUACCUGUCGUUGGAAUACCGAAAGACUUAGUGGAAGAAACCAACAUGGCACUUGCGGUUGAAAAUAAGUAUGCAGUGGAACUGAGCAAUAACGAUUUAACAGAGGAGAAUAUAAUAAGAGCUAUUGAUGAGGUGGUUUUAAAUCCUCGGUAUAAAGCGAAUGCUGAACUCAAGUCUGCAAUAAUCAAGGACCAAGAAACAAAACCGCUAGAUAGGGCAACAUACUGGGUGGAGUAUGUUAUCCGUCAUAAGGGAGCAUACCACCUACAAUCUCCUGGAAUUUUUUUGAAAUGGUACCAAAGAAGUAUGAUUGAUAUUAUUCUUAUUCUAGGUGUCCUCGACAUAAUUCUAUUUUUGAUCUUUUACUACAUAUUUAAGCAUAUUAUUCAUCAUGUAAUGAAAUUAUAUAAAAGAAAGAAGAGUGAAAAGUAUGUAAAAUUGAUUGAGUAGCUAGCUGGGUAACUAACUAUUUGUAUGUUCGAUAAUUAUAAAAUUUGUAGAUUGUUGUUUUUUGCAUUCUAAGCGAAAUGUUUGCGAUAUUUAGAUUAACGAUACUUUAAAAUGUAUUAGUUUGCGUUUUUGUUCAUGUGAUAUACGUAUACCCAUUGUAAUAAGCUUCAGAGUAUAUUUGCGUAAAUCUGUGUUUUAUCAGAUUUGAUUAUUGCUAUUUACCUGAACUUUAAUAGUAAUUGUAUUAUUAUUGAAAAAUAAAAAUUUUAAGACUU